GUGGAGGCGCCGAGUGCAGACUCUGCCCCAUGGACUGGCUGUCGCACAGAGGAAAGUGCUACUGGUUCUCUAAAGGGAAUAAGGACUGGAAUGGGAGCCGUGAUGACUGUCCAAGGAAGAGGUCUCACAUCCUGGUGAUCCAGGACCAGGAUGAGAUGGAGUUCAUACAGAACAUCACACAAGGGAAAUAUCCCGUUUGGAUUGGGCUUAAUGUUACAUCCCCAGAGGAGAAAUGGACCUGGGUGGACGGCUCCAUCUUAAACCAAAAUCUGUUUCCAGUAUCUGGUCCAGCUGUGAGAAACAGCUGUGGGGUGAUAAAGGGGAAUCAGAUGCGUUCGGAAAUGUGCAGCGCUGAAUUUAAGUGGAUUUGUCAGAAAGAAGCCGUCCUGAUCUAAGCAAUGACAGUAGGGAGGCGGUACCCUUAGAAAUAAUAGAUUCCUAGAUAGAAAGGCCAUUCUGAUUGUCUACUCUGACCUCCUGCAUAACAAAGGCCGGCGAAUGUCACUCAGUAAAAAGCUGAUGGGAGAGAGCCACAUGCUCUUCAUAGUUAGGGUGAGCAGAUCUCCCGAUUUUAUAGGGACAGACCCGAUAUUUGGGGCUUUUUCUUAUAUAGGCUCCUAUUGCCCCCCACUCCCUUUCCUGAUUUUUCACACUUAUCUGGUCACCCUACUCCUAGUCCUCUGAAAGGUCCAGCUCACCCCUGUGACAGAGUGGGAAUUUUCUGUAAUAUUUUUGUAUGAUGCCUGUGCGUGCCUCAGUUUCCCCUGUAUGCUGCGUCGUCACCUAGGAGGUAGAAAAGGGCUGGUUACGCUCAGGCAGGGGUGGCUGACGCCGGUCUCGAGUGUAGGGCCCAUGUCGCUGGAAGUCCAUGAAGACAAUGGCAAAGCCAACACCCGGGAC